UCCUUGCUAACUGACGAAAGGGCGAAUCUGUCCCGGAGUUGGAUUUCAAACUUCAGUUUGGAUUAAGACAUUCAGCUGUGCGGUAGCAUUUGGAACAUCUCCUGUGGAUAACCAAAGCUUACUGGUGAUUGGUUUGUGAAAGAUUUUUUUGCAUCCAGCACUGUCGUUGCCCCGUCUCGGGUACCCCCACUUGUCCCCAGAGUGGGGUUUAAAUUGUGUGCAAAGUGGUUGAUUGGAGAGAAAAGUUGAGGCUCAUAGCAGCAAAAAAUCUGAAAGCAGUUAAACGGUCAAGUCCGUGAAAGUUGUGCUUAAAAUUGUAAAAUAAUUUCAUACAAGAAUCGGAAAUAUGAAUACUUUUACCACCGAGUGAGAGUGAGAGAUAAAUUAUCGAUCGAUGAAGGUUUUUCCUGCGUGCAAACAUUCUGGCAUCCAGGUGAAAAGGAGCUAUUUUUCAUCGACGGUUUGUUCUGGGAAGUGAGAGGAAACAAAGUGCGUUGAAUCUUCGUUGAAGCGUGAAAUACGCCGAGCUGCGAAUUGGUCAGUGAUAACGCUCGGAAAUAUUGAAUUAAUAUACUCGUUAACCUGAGUGGUUCCGUUCUGGAAGAUUGAUAUUGGCAUUCGUUUGUCUAGAAGAGCAAGAAAAAGUUUGUUUUUGCUGUUGGUGUUGCAAGUGAAGUUCACAGAAGUUCUGGAUGGAAGGAAGAGAAAAUUUGUGCAAGAAGCUCUAGAACAGCAGUUCGAGGAAGCAUUUCGAUUGCAAUCAGCAUCUCAGCGGAGCUUGAACAGUUUACAGAAAAUAGUUUCGACUGAAUUUCAUCACCUCUGACAUCGGAAAAUCAUAUCAAGAGCUCUUCAUUCGAAAGAAAACCAUUCGAGCUGACUGAUUCGUGAAGAAUUUAAUAUCAUAUUAAAUCAAACAAUUUUUCUCACGGUUACGAAGGUCCGAACAUAACGAGCCUGGAAAGAUUUCCUCAAAAAAAAAAACAGUGCAACCUUUGGGAAUAGCGGAAAAACGAAAGGACAAACCAACGGAGAUUUUUAAUUAACCACGUUCGGGCGAAGUGGUGAACUGGAUUUCAAAGUUUCCCCGUGCUGGGCAAUUGGUGGGAAAUACGAAUUUUAUGUCCGAGAACGCAGCGUGGAAAAACCCGGGCAAACAAAAAUUACGCCAUUAAUUUGAGAGCAGCGGCGAAAUUGAGCAGAAGGUCGAUGCUCAAACCAGCUUUCCAUCAGCAGUCAGCCAGAAGCAGCAGUCAGUGGUCGAAGGAAAGUUUUUUGUCACGACCGGCGACGAGAGCAAAUCGAAUUUACGGUGUGCACUUUUGAUAGGCGGCCAAUGAAUUUCGGUACCGUCCGAUAAUUAUAUCAAAACAGAUUGUUUGCCUUUGAAGUGGGUGCUCGAAUCAUUGGUCUGGUGGAAAGGUGACCGUCGCUUCUUGGGAAAUUGAUGUUCGACGAGGGAAAACUGCUGUCGUAAAGUGUGGAGAAGAAGUCAUUAACAAAUAUUGUAUGUGUGUGGCAUUGUGAGGGAACAGUGGUGCAUAGUGGCUACCGCGAAGUUCUAACAAGCUGUAGGAAGUUCGUUCGAAGAAAGUGAUUAGUGGUCGAUCGUGACGGAUUUUGCACCGUAGUAAGUGACGUGUGAUACACUCCGAGAUAGAAACCUCUGUUCGCAGCCGGGACACCCACAUCACUUCUGUCCGUGGUGAGCCCAGGCUCUGUCGUUCUUUUUCCGAACACUCACCGGUCCCGCCGCGAAAGCUUCUCCCCUGGCGAACGGAUCCCCCCGAAGGCCUUUCAACAUUCCGCUUUUCCAAUUAAAUGUUAUGCCGGCCGCGACCAUGUUUUCCAAGUUCAAAAGCAGCAGCACUAGCGCCCCUCCGCCCAACCCCUACGACACCAACCCGAUUACUCAGUACUUUGAGAUUGGGAAACAGAUCGCCUGCGCCGGCCCGGAACUAGUGUGGAAGAUUCACGAGGGAUACCGCAAGACCGAUGGAAAGGAAUGUUCAAUUUUCGUAUUUGAGAAGCGCCUAGCAGAAAAACUGCAUAAACCCAAGCGGAAAGACCUGGUCACGGAAAUCCUGCGAGCGUCAGUCAAGCAGCUUGAGCGGUUUCGGCAUCCCAAAAUCCUGCAAAUAAUGCACACCGUCGAGGAAAGUUCGGAGACCCUUUCUUUCGCCACCGAGCCCGUCAUCGCCAGUUUAGCAAACGUCUUAGCAUAUCAGGAAAGUGCAGGAACAGCGCCCGGUCCUCCAAGUACGGGUGCCUCCCAACAGAUGCAGAACAGCUCCCCUGCCAACAGACCUCCCCACGCCAAGGAGUAUAGCUUUCUGGAUAUCGAACUGAAGUACGGCAUCUUACAGAUUACGGAAGCUUUAUCGUUCCUGCACUACUCGGGCCAGGUGAUACACCGAAACGUGUGCCCCUCCUCGAUACUGAUCACCAAAAAGGGAACAUGGAAGCUGGCGGGUUUCGAAUUCACCGAGCGAGUGAACGAAACCGAUGCCACCGAUCCGGUGCCGUGCCAGUCGUGGUCCACCCGCACCUCCAAAAUGGUACAACCCAAUCUGGAUUACAUGGCACCUGAAAACCAAAUCAACUCCAACUGCAGCAUACUGAGCGACAUGUUCUCGCUCGGAAUGGUGAUAUGUGCCAUAUUCAACCACGGGAGACCGCUAAUACAGUCGGGGAAUUCGCCACCUGCGUACAUCAAACAGAUGGAAACGUUAGACGAAGCAGUGCACAACAUUCUGCCACGGAUACCGAUCCCGCUCCAAGAGGCUACAACUCGAUUACUGAAAAAAUCACCCGGUGCUCGGCCUACAGCUCAACUUCUAACACUUAUCAAGUAUUUCAGUGACCCAGCCGUACAAGCUCUGCAGUUUCUGGACGUCAUCAACAUGAAGGAUCCCACGCAGAAAACCCACUUCUAUCGGAGCACGCUGCGGGAGGUGCUUCCGUUUGUGCCACGGAAACUGUGGUGGCAACACAUCUGGCCUAAUCUACAGCAGGAAAUGCGUGCUGAUGAAGUGCUGGCUGCGGUCCUACAACCCGCACUAACUCUGGUUCAGGAAUCUUCAAACAGUGAAUACGAAGCAAUCAUUUUACCAACCUUUAAGACUGUUUUUGUAGCCCCUAAAUCUAUACAGGCAACCGUAGCGUUACUAGAAAAUCUACACAUAAUCCUAGAGAAAACACCACGGGACGACAUAAGGACGGAAGUGCUUCCGCUGCUGUUCAAUGCGCUCGAAAGUACAACGAUACAGGUGCAGAGUGCAGCACUCGUAGCCGUAACGAACGUGUACGACUAUUUGGACGAUAUCACAAUCAAGAAACUGGUGCUACCCAAACUGAAAUCUGUAUUCGAAAAAAAUCAAAGCGAUCUCAAGAUAAUGGGCAACGUGCUUCAAUGUGUGGAACGAACACUAGACAAGCUCGACAAAUCACAGAUUAUAGACGAAGUACUGCCUUUACUACUCGAAGUUAGGUUAACGGAUCCGGAUAUUAUAGUGCGAGUCGUCAAUAUCUACCGGAUUAUGUUGUGUGAUAAAAAGUACGGACUCACCGUGAACACCAUGGCCACCAAAGUAAUGCCGACCCUCCUGCCACAGACUGUGAAUCCCUCGUUGAAUCUCGAACAAUUUAUGAUCCUUCUCGAGGUUCUCCAAGAAAUGCUGGACCAAAUCGACCGACAGCAGCGCAACAAGCUGAAACUGGACAAUCUCUCACUACCCUCGCCCGAUCGCCAUCGACCACUGCGGCAUCAGUUCUCCUCGGACAACAUGAACGUGCAGCAGUUCAACAUUCCCAACCUGAGGAUCGACCAGCGGAAGACUUCCAGUGCCGAGGACAUGGCCCGGAAGAACUCAACAGGUACCCGAAGAGGUUCGGGUGCUCUAGGUAGCUGGUGGUUCGGCGGAUCACCCUCGUCCCCGGACAGCAACUUCCUGCGGGUGGUCAACGCAUUCCCGAAUCGGCGCCUAUCGGACAAUACCCUUAUGACGCCCAAGAUCCGGAUCGCUCCUUCGUGUGCCUCAUCGCCGGGUGGCACUCCUGGUGGUGGUUUACCAAUAAGACGUCACUCAAGUAUUGGACCCCAGGAAAGACGAAGCUCACACACCAAUCUAUCACCUCCAACGCUCUUGUAGACUAGAAGCUUUUAUGCUUAUCUGGCUUUCCCCGUUCAAGAUGAAUACAAGAAUAUUUAUUUGUUUCUUAUUCUGAAAUAGAUUUCUAGUACUGUAGACAAUAAAGUUUACCUCUAGUUUAGAAUUGUGGUGGAGUACUCAGCUUGUAGGAUAUUUAAUUACAUCUUGUAUAGCAACAAAAACUCAAAAAUGCAUCUGUAAAAAUCCAUUCAAUCGAAUCCAUUUGUCAUGAAAAAAGCAAAUAAUUCAUUUCUUAAUUUCAUUUAGAAUAUUUAACACCAAAUAAAAAUUAAGUGACGCUAAGGCCGUUGGAUUAAUAAAUCACUCUCAACCUAUUCAGAGUGAGAUCAAAAUUGACAAUUACUACGUUGCAAAAAAAUUUACGGUUUUACUCAUUUUUUCUCCAUUUCUUUAAAAAUAUCUCAUCAUUGGCUUAUACGUAAACGCAAUACUGAUUAUCACCGGGCGAAAUGACUUCAUCACCAUCACUAGCAACAGGGCUUCAGUGCUCGCGGCAGUUCCGGUUCGAGUCUCUCAGUGCCUGCCACUUCUGCUUCUUACGUAGUAAGUUCGAUUUCCAACGCCACCGAGCAGCGCAAGGCAUGGCCGUCUUGAGUAGUGUCUCGUAAUGAAUUGUCACACGAAUGUCUUCGUUCCUGACUGUGCCCCCCCAAGAAAAAAAAAACUGUUGAUUUUGUUCGUUGGUUCUUCGUUCGAUCGUUCGAUGUGUGGGUGGUCGCAAGUGCUCAUGGGACACGACAAACCAAAAGACCACCUCGUUUCUUUUGUUCUUGAACUUGCGUUACCUGAAUGAUUGUUAGUUUUUUUUAGAUUGUGAUGUUAAUUUUUACGUUGUGGUCGUCCUGAAUGAGAUAUUUUUUCACGUCUGCUGAUAACUACGGAAUGAGUACAAAUAAGGACUCUAACUAUCCAGCACAGUUUUCCGAGGAUGAAUUUCCUAGUGGAACAUAAUCACAAUGGAAUGUCCGGGCUUUUCUAUGGUUGCUGCAUUGUUCAUCAAUAUAAUUUUAUUAGUUUUUUUUUUUUGCUUUCAGCGGUGAUCAAUUAUGCAUGAGCUUAAUAAUAUACAAAAUAUAAUUUCUUUUUAAUAUCAAUGAGAUGAAACAACGAGGCAUAUAUGUGAACAAAGAGAGUUCUACAUUUUUAUACAUAUACUGAUGAAGUUGAUAACAGAAAUAUUAAUAUAAGAUUUUAAACUUGCAUGUACUUAUCAAUCAGCUAGUAAUAAACGUUAUACAGAGUUGCGCAUACAAACUAUGCAAAUAUUCUAUAGAUGGUAUUGCGUCUUCUGUUCUGUGAAAAUCUUGCGCGCUUCCCAAUAACACGCAAUCUUAUUAUGUGUACACUCUAUAAGACACGGCUGAGUGUUAUAAGACCUGUGACUUAGGGAUCGUUCAAAUAUUACGUAACGCAUUAGGGGGAGGGAGGGGGUCCUUCGGAGUGC